AUGGCACUGCUGGGCAGACCGCGUCUAGGCGAGGUGUUCCGAGCGCAAAUCAGGAUUAAAGAAUCCAAAGAGUUCAAGAACACUGUGGAUAAGCUUGUCCAGCGAGCAAACGCCUCCAUAAUACUCGGUACAAGUUCUUGGAAAGAACAAUUCAUGGAAGCACUGACAGUCAGUAGGGGUGAUGAGGACGACGCUGAGGGUGAAAAUGGUCAACCUUCCUCACCAUCCGUGAUGGAUUACCUUAUGCACUCCCUUACCAUUUUCUGGAAGGUUCUCUUUGCCUUCGUUCCACCUACAGAUAUCGCCGGCGGUUAUUUGUGCUUUAUCGUCAGCAUUCUGGGGAUUGGGGUGGUCACAGCGAUAAUCGGCGACGUUGCCUCGUAUUUCGGUUGUACUUUGGGCAUCAAGGAUUCUGUCACCGCGAUUGUUUUCGUCGCCCUUGGUACCAGCAUUCCUGGUAAGUAUCUAAAAACUGAGGAUGAUAUACGAGGAAAAGGGGCGACAUCGAGAGAAAACGUACACUGGAAAAAGUCUUGUUGCACUAAUUGGAAUUUUGGCAGAUCAAUCAGAAAGGUAUACUGA